CGAAUUGAUGAAGCGACGACACGAUACCUUUGCCCGUUACUGGUUGCGUUUUAUUCACGCGUUUUCUUCUUCUUCCAUUUAUUACCCUCUCUUUCUCUGCAUCUUGAUUUGAAUUGAAUCAGAAAAUGUCUACCCUUGUUCUACCACCUGUUCCUCCUUCCCCCAAAGACGAUGCCACGGAACUUCACCGUGCUUUCAAAGGUUUUGGAUGUGAUACUGGCGCUGUUAUCAAUAUACUUGCUCAUAGAGACGCUGCUCAGCGCGCCUAUCUCCAACAAGAAUACCGAGCCAUCUAUUAUGAGGAUCUUAUCAAACGAUUAUCUUCCGAGCUUUCUGGCAAAUUGGAAAAUGCUGUUCUUCUUUGGAUGCAUGACCCUGCCGGACGCGAUGCUGUUAUCAUCAGGCAGUCUCUAACCGUCACCAAAAUUCUUGAUGCUGCCACUGAAGUUAUUUGUUCCAGAACUCCAGCCCAGCUUCAAUAUUUAAGGCAGAUUUACCAUGCUAAAUUCGGCGAUUUUAUUGAUCAUGAUAUUGAAAGGAAUACCUCCGGGGAUCAUAAAAAGAUUUUACUUGCAUAUCUAAACACACCACGCCACGAAGGCCCCGAGACUAAUAGAGACAUGGCUGAGAACGAUGCGGUGGCUCUCUAUAGAGCAGGUGAGAAGAAACUCGGAACGGAUGAGAAAAUUUUUGUGCUAAUAUUCAGUGGACACAGCGCCGCACAGUUGGCUGCCAUAAAUCAGUGUUACAAUACCAAGUAUGGACAUUCGUUGAAAAAGGCAAUAAAGAAUGAAACAUCCGGGCAUUUUGCUCAUGCACUUUCGACAAUAGUCCAAUGUGCCGAGAAUCCUGCUAGGUAUUUCGCAAAGGUCCUACGUAAGUCAAUGAAAGGGUUGGGGACGGAUGACACAAAGCUUAUCAGGGUGAUUGUUACAAGGUGUGAGAUUGAUCUACAUUAUAUCAAAGCUGAAUAUUUAAAGAAAUACAAGAAGACACUAAAUGAUGCAGUUCACUCCGAAACAUCCGGUCAAUACAGGACUUUUCUUCUCACACUUUUAGGUUCAAACCAGUAGUCCUCAAAAUACAUGUUUUCUGUGGAAUAAUUUCAACUAUGAUGUUGAAUAUAGGAUACUUCCAAUCUUUUUUUUCUUCAUAUUGUAAAUUAAGCAGUGUUUGGUGAAUUUAUUUGCUUCUAAGUUGCAUCAUAACGCACAAAUUGCCGGGCAUUUUGUAUAUUUGUAUGUACCUAUGGAUGGGUAUGUAUUAAGUAUGUAUGUAUGUAAGUGUUGGAUAUUUAUUUU